CAGAAGCCAAAUCCUCCCAACGAAUCCGAAGGCCAGAAGCCAAAUCCUCCAAAUGAAUCUGAAGGCCAGAAGCCAAAUCCUCCCAACGAAUCCGAAGGCCAGAAGCCAAAUCCUCCCAACGAAUCUGAAGACUUGAACUCGUCCAUGACAUCUGGUGCUUUAACUGUGGUGAUGGCACAGUUUUCUCAUAUCUCCCUCCUUUUUUCCCUGCUCGCCAAAUUCUAA